AACUGGCGGGAAUCUUUAGGCACGUGUCCAACAAACCCUAAAAACACCCAUUAUUCUCAGCUCUCUCCCUCAUGUACCCGUUAAAAAUCCCCAAAAGUAAGAGAUCAUAUCUGAAGCUUUUAAGCUUGUAAUGGUGGUAAAAUUCACGUGUUGCAAUCGUGAUUUGAAGGAUUUGAGAUCCGAAGUAGAGUAAUCAGUCUGGUCUCUGGUUAACGAAGGAGUAGCACAAGGUGGAGUUGCUGUAGAGGUGAUUAAUUCGACGAAACCGUUCCUGCAAUCAAGGUAAAUAACAGAAGAUUCAUUAGCUAGGAUUUCAAUUGAGGCACGUUUAUUCCAGUGGCUACACCAAUACUGCAACAUCGUAUCAGUUUCCAGUACGGAAGCAAGUAUCGAUGAUUGCCACGGGCUUUUAGCCAUUAGCCAUUAUCGGUGUUGAUACGGCCGAGGAAUCGCCCUGCUUAAAGAUUAGCGUAGAAGGAGAAGGUUCGAAGAAAGUGGGGGAGAGAGAGACGAUUGGUACGCUCAGUGUCGUUAAUUAUGAUUGUAUUCUUGAUGCGGUUGUUUGCUUUUUAGUGCAGAACAGUUUGAUGGAAUAAUAGAUUGCAACACGUGUAGAAAAUAAAUUUGAGAACGACAUUGCUGAAGAAGAUUUACUGUAUUUAUGAUUCGGGGAAGAAAAGAGAAGUGCCACUAAUUCAAUUAGGGUUUUUAUUUUGGGAAUUAGUAUGUUGAGAUGGAAAAAGAAAUAGGAAUAACGGUUUUCUGUAUUUAUAUUUUCUUAGGCUCUUAAAAAUAUUUUAAAUUGCCUGUUACAUCCAAGUUUAGGGGCAAAUUUGCCCAACUCUGGUUCUGUCUCUGGCUCAAUUACUGGCUAAAUCCCAGGUAUGCUUUUCAAAACCCACAUAAUUUCUUCACAUUUACAUAAUAACCUUAAAAAACCCAUAUAUUAUUCUCUCGUAAACCCAAAAUUCACCACCCAAAUCCAACCCUUUUCGAAUCUGAAAGUUGAAUGGCGAAAAGACCCAAAAUUAGACUUUGCUAUAGAGAAAGAUAAGCGUUACAAACUUUGUUCACGCGUCGUUAAAGAGGUACUAAAUGAACCAGGUCAAGUUAUUCCACUCCGAUACAUUGAAAAAAGGCGGGAAAGGUUGCGCCUUCAUGUCAAAGUUAAGACCUUUGUUAAUCAGAACCCUGGGCUUUUCGGUACUUACUAUGAUAGAAUUAAACCCAAAACAGAUCCUGUCAUGUUUUUGCGUGUCAGUGACAGAGUAAAGGAAUUUCUUGAAGAAGAGAAAAGGAUUCAGUUUAAAAAUGAGGGGUUAAUUGUGUCUAAAUUGUGUAAGUUGCUUAUGAUGGCAAAGAAUAAAGUGCUUAGUGCUGAUAAGCUGGUUCAUGUUAAGAGAGAGUUUGGUUUCCCUAAUGAUUUUAUGGUUAACUUGGUGCCUAAGUACCCAAAUUAUUUUAGGUUAAUUGGAUGUCCUGGUGAGGGAAAAUCGUUCUUGGAGUUGGUUGAUUGGAACCCUGAGUUUGCUAAAUCAGUUAUUGAGCUAAGAGCUGAAGAGGAGUCAAGGCUAAUGGGAAUUCGAGUUAGGCCAAAUUUUAGUUAUAAGCUUCCUCCUGGGUUUUUCUUAAAGAAGGAAAUGAGGGAGUGGGUUAGGGAUUGGUUAGAGCUAGAUUAUAUCUCACCAUAUGUGGAUGUGUCACAUUUGGAUCAAGCUUCACCAGAAAUGGAGAAGAGGACAGUUGGGGUUUUCCAUGAGUUGUUAUCGCUUUCGCUCUUUAAGAGGAUUCCAGUUCCGAUACUGGGUAAGUUCUGUGAGGAGUAUAGGUUUUCCAAUGCCUUUUCAAGUGUGUUUACUAGGCAUUCAGGGAUAUUUUACAUGUCAUUAAAAGGGGGUAUUAAGACUGCAAUGCUAAGAGAAGCUUAUAGGGAUGGCGAGUUGAUUGAUAGGGAUCCGUUGCAUGAAAUUAAGGAUAAGUUUGUUGAGUUGUUGGAAGAGGGUUGGCUAGAGAGAGCAGAGCAGCUGAGGUCGCAAAAGGAAGUGGUAACAAAGGACAUGGAAAUGAUGGCAUUUGGGAAACUGGACCUGGAUGAACAAGAGAUUAGUGAGGAAUCAGAUUGGAGAGAGUUAAAGGAACAAUCGGAAAUGCUGGAAACAAGUGAGGAUUCAGAUUGAAGUUAAAGGAACAACUGAAAUUGAUGGCAAUGAAGGAUUGGGACCAGGGUGGCCAAUCGAACAGCAAGGAAUCCAAUGUUCAAGGAACAGCUGUAAAUUUCCAAGUUAGUGUGACUCUGAAAAAAAAUAAAUUAGGACUUAAUGAAAGAGGGCAUUCUAACUUGUCUUACAUUAAUGGUUUAUGGAGCCACAUAUAGUCCAUGAUGUUUAAACAUGUAAGUUGGAUGAUUGGUUCUAGCUAUGAUGGCCAGUGAUUCUAUUAUCAAUCUUUGCCUCUAGUGCAUUAGAAUUUAGUUUUCCAUUUUUGUAAAUCAUCCCUGAAUUUAAUUUUCAUGCAAAUACUUGGAUGUUGGGGGUGAGUACAACUGUUGAUUAAUCAAGAAAUGAUUAUAAAUUGACACAAAUUCAUUA